AUGCGCUUCACCUACCAAGCUCUCGCUGUCUUCAUCAGCUCCCUCCUGGUCAACAGCGCCGCCGCCCACGCUUGCGAGAGCAGCGCUGUUUGGCCCGAUCCCGCCAACUGCCACAAAUUCUACCAGUGCAACCCUGGCACUGAGCCCGCCCACAAGGAGUGCGGUGCUGGCACUGCCUUCAACCCUAAGAUCAGCGCAUGCGACUACGAGCAGAACGUUCCUUCUUGCUUCAAGGACCCCCACCACCCUCGCCCUUUCCACGCCUAGAUGGCAAAUAUACUUUUCCGACCAAAGUCACUCCUUUGACCGAUAUGUUUUGAGUAUAGGUGUACAGGCUUAUACUGGGACAUUUUAAUUUCUAAUGUAUCUCUAAUUGGGGGGGUCGACUAUAAAAUACUUUGAAAAAGUGGGUGCAUUUGUUAUCGGAUUUGUCUAUCUUGUACUAUCAGUUGAAUGCACUAUGGUCAUCCAAUU